AGCGACGUCCAACUGUAGCGCCGUUAAACGAGUUCGCAAAAAACAAAACGAAAACACGGAGAGCUUUUGUUCUCUAUUCGUAUUAAACAGAGCAAAAUGCCAAAAGUAAAGAGAAGUCGGAAGCCACCCCCAGACGGCUGGGAGCUCAUCGAGCCCACUUUGGACGAGCUGGAUCAGAAAAUGAGAGAAGCUGAAACGGAGCCUCAUGAGGGAAAGCGAAAGGUCGAGGCUCUUUGGCCUAUUUUCAGAUUGCAUCAUCAGCGGAGCCGAUACAUCUUCGACCUCUUCGUCAAGAGAAAGGCCAUCAGCAGAGAGCUGUAUGAUUACUGUAUAAAGGAAGGCUACGCAGACAAGAACCUGAUUGCCAAGUGGAAGAAGCAGGGCUACGAGAACCUGUGCUGUCUGCGUUGCAUCCAAACCCGAGACACCAAUUUUGGAACCAACUGCAUCUGCAGAGUCCCCAAGAGCAAGCUGGAAGUCGGAAGGAUCAUUGAAUGCACCCACUGUGGCUGCAGAGGCUGUUCUGGCUAAGUGCUAACACCCCGUCUCCUAUCGGCUGGGCGUCGGGGCUCAGCCAGCCACCAUCUGUGCACUCAAAACCCCCAAAGCAACAUACCGUAGUCUUUAUUUCAGUCGGAAACAAAUCACAGAUAUCUUCAUCCUCCGUUGCACUUAAAGGGGGAUUUUGAACACAGGGGAGCAAAGGAGAAUACACAGAGGGGCGAUAUUGUAUUACUUGCAUUUUUUUCCUACUUAACUAAUCCCUAAACUCCAAAAGCUCAAAGUAGAAAGUUGAGGUCAGAUGUUUCUGAAGGCCUGUCAUUCCAGCUUGUAAUGCCCACUGUGAGCUCAUUUAAAAUUCUGUUUUUCAUUUAACUUGAAGAGGACUGGGAGGGAGGAGUUUAGUUUUGAAAUGUCAUCGUUUUAAUCCUCAACGUGUUGUCUUCAUCAUUGUUCUUGUAGUGUAAUUUUAAAUAAAACAAAUCUGAUUUACCUGA